AUGGGGAUAUAUCUCAGUACUCCCAAAACGGAGAAAUUUUCUGAAGAUGGGGAAAAUCACAGUCUUAGAUAUGGUUUAUCGUCCAUGCAAGGAUGGCGUGCAACAAUGGAAGAUGCUCAUGCUGCAUAUACUGAUCUGGAUGAGUCUACUUCGUUUUUCGGUGUUUAUGAUGGUCAUGGAGGUAAGGUGGUUGCAAAGUUUUGUGCUAAGUUUCUUCAUCAACAGAUGCUCAAAAGUGAAGCAUACUUAGUUGGAGAUAUUGGAACCUCUCUUCAAGAAUCAUUUUUAAGAAUGGAUGAGAUGAUGCGUGGUCAAAGAGGAUGGAGGGAGCUAUCAAUCUUGGGAGAUAAGAUAAACAAAUUUACUGGGAUGAUAGAAGGGUUGAUUUGGUCUCCACGAAGCAGCAAUGGCAUUAGCAGAACUGAUGAUUGGGCUUUUGAGGAGGGGCCUCAUUCUGAUUUUGUUGGACCAACUUCAGGAAGCACAGCCUGUGUUGCAGUUAUCAGAAACAACCAGCUUCUUGUUGCAAAUGCUGGUGAUUCACGUUGUGUAAUAUGUCGGAAGGGACAGGCAUACAAUUUGUCUAGAGACCACAAACCAGAUCUUGAGAUUGAGAAGGAAAGAAUUUCGAAAGCUGGUGGUUUUAUUCAUGCAGGAAGAGUCAAUGGCAGUUUAAACCUUACAAGAGCUAUUGGUGACAUGGAAUUUAAACAGAACAAAUUUCUUCCUGCUGAAAAACAAGUUGUAACUGCCAAUCCAGAUAUAAACACUGUUGAGCUUUGUGAUGAAGAUGAAUUUAUGGUUCUAGCUUGUGAUGGCAUAUGGGACUGCUUGUCAAGUCAACAAUUGGUAGAUUUUGUUCAUGAACAGUUGUCUUCGGAAACAAAACUUUCCACUGUGUGCGAAAGAGUAUUUGACCGGUGUUUGGCACCAUCAACUACUGGUGGCGAAGGAUGUGAUAACAUGACCAUGAUCCUGGUUCAGUUCAAAAAACCUGCUCAGACCAGUGCACCAGCAGAAGAGCAAUCCUCAUCAAACGAACAAGUUGAUUCACAAGUUGAACAGAAGCUUGAAAGAAGUGAUGUUUAG